AUGGGGGAAAUCUCUCAGAUCGGAGACGGUCAGGUCCAGGGCGGCAUGCACACGGUGACCAUGACCAUGGCCACCAGGACCAUGAUGCCCGUCUCACAGAUCAGUGAUGGACAGAUCCAGAAUGCGGUCGUGACGAAGAUGCCAGCACUAGCACCAGCAUCAGGCGCACCGUCAAUCCAGUCUGAGCCGUCAGCCUCGCCGAGCAACGAUGGAGGUUCGUCUGGGCCGCCUUUCGCUAUUCCCACGAGCAAACCACCGACUGUGCUCGAGCAGGCGUGCGGCAUUGAAACGCGGGUCAGCAUGGCAUUGCCGUCGUCGUCUUCGUCGUCGUCUUCGUCGUCGUCCACACCAAGUCUCAACGAAGCGACCACGGCAUCACAAGACACAGCGCCCGCACCAACAUCAACACCAACUUCGUCGACAGGUUCUUCUUCAAGCACCAACACGGACACCAACUCCAGCACGACCACGACCACGACCACCAGGCUGUCUUUUGUCUCGUGCCUCACCAACUCCACCCUCCGACUUUCUCUGGCAGACGGCACGCUUGUCGACGCGCACAACCGCACCGGCUACAUCGCGUCCAACUAUCAGUUCCAGUUUGACGGGCCGCCGCAGUCUGGCGCGCUGUCCACCACGGGCUGGAGUAUCUGCCCCAGCUCCGACGGGACGUCGACGCUGGCGCUGGGCGGCACCACCACCUUCUGGCAGUGUCUGAGUGGCGGCUUCUAUAAUUUGUACACGGAGGAUUGGGCUGCGCAAUGUAGUCCGAUCGAGUUGAGGGUUGUGGCGUUGGUGCAGUGUUGA